UGGAUGUUUUUUUUUUUUUUUUUUAAUGGAGAAUGGCGUCGGAUGAGGAGGCAGAGAGCGAAAUUCAAACUGAGGAUGAGGAUGAGGCAGAGGAUACGAGAGGAGGAGAAGAAACGAAGGGAAGAAAGGGUCGAAGUAUAUCAAGUGAUUCUCGUUGGGAUGAAAGCACAUCGACACAAACCGACGAGAUCUUCAAAGACCCACAUGCGGUCGGAAAGUUCGACGCCAAAGAAAAAAAAACUAGGAGAUUUUGUGGAUUUUGAGGAGUCAUGGUCGGUGUGUUUGACUUUCGAAUAGGAAUUGUCUGAAAGAAUAUAGCGGUGUUAUUACAGUUACAGAUGCUGUUGCUGUCAGGGACAAGGACAUGCUGCUGCGGACUGUAGAAGAGACAGGAGAUAUGGAAAGAGGGUUUCAGUGUGGAGAGCUGUAAAGAAAAGGCAAAGUGUCUGCACUACAACGGGAGUCACCACCACUUCCCACACCAGUGUCCGAUACGGGUUAAAGAAGUGAAUGUGAAUAUGAUCAGAGAAGAAAAGGCAUUAUCUUAAACUGAAGCUGUUAAGAAAAAGGAAGAAAAUGAUGAAAUAGUGGCAGUGCAAAAGGAACCAGAGGAGAAAAGAAAAGGAACUGAUCAAAACAUCUAUAUGGACAAAAACGGGUUUGGUGCAUUCAUUGCCAUGGUUAUAAAUUGUGCUGUGGAAAUACAAGGAAAUCAGAGAGGAUUAAGAUGGUAUUAGAGAUGAGUCGGAUAAUAUAUUGAGGAAGGGAUUUGCAUCACUGAAAAUAGGUUGCAACGUGGAAGUGUUAAAAUCCAGUAGGAGGCGGUAAUGCAUUAUAAUUGUUUGCGAGGCGCCAUAAAACAAAACGAAGAAGAAGAAGAUGUUUAUGGGCGUAACUUGACGUUAGCCGAGGAUGUGCUUUGUAAACCCCUUGCCAAGGAGGUGCCAGCGUUUAGAAACCACCAGUAAGUGCGAGAAAACACCACCGAGCUGUGUGGCUGUGAACCUGGAGUGAGACAUGAAGAAACUCAGAGAACAAUGGAGAGUGAGUUAUGUGUUUUGAACGACGCCGAGGACCUCCAGACGCUAAUCUCUAACACCGAGCAGAGUCUGCAGUUUGAGAGGUCUAAGACAUUGUUUGAAGAGAUUCGUGCCUCCAUUUACAAUAAUGAUGAAGAGGAAAGCUCCUUCUGGAGGCCUGUGCUUCCAUGGGGUGGUGUCUACACCAUCAGGGCGGGACGGAAGGCUAUAUCAUGCACCCCCCUGUACGUCAAGAUAAACCUAAAAAACACCUGCACCAUCGAUGGCUUUCUCAUGAUCCUGUAUGUGAUUCUACGAGACAACCAGGGCUUUCCCAGGGAGCUGGGCGUCUUCCUCGGCAAGCAGUUUGUGGAGCAUUUUCUCUACCUGAUGGACUCCUACGACUACACCACAGUGAAGAUGCUGUGGAUUUGGGACAGGAUGUCCAAGAGACAGUACCGCUCCGCUGUCCAUCAAGCAGCCCUAGAGAUUGACUUGUUUGGCAAUGAGCACGAGAACUUCACCAAGAACCUGGAGAACCUCAUGUCCACCGUGCAGGAGAGCCUGUGCACCAACUGGAGCUGUCCUGCCCGCUUCCAGGAGUUCAUCAAAAGGACAAUCAGCAUCAACCCUCCUCACGAGCUGCCUCACAGAGAUCCUAUUCAGUCAGCUGUAGAUGAGUUCUUCUGCCCCAGGAUCCUUCUCUGCAAAGAACUCGGGUGCGAUGGGCUAAGGGAGUUCUCUCAGAGGGUUUUCUGCCAUGGACCGCCUCCCUUUGUCAUUCUCAACAUGCAGCAAUGGAAGUCAGAAGAGCUGUCCUAUGUUCCUUACCACCUGGCUCUGUCCCAGCACAGGUACUCACUGGAGGGCGCCACACUCUUCAACAAGGACGAGCAUCACUACUCAGCAGCCUUCCAGAUAGACGGCUGCUGGAUGCACUACGAUGGCCUGAGGAGUGACAAUCUGAUCCUGUUACACAAGCCUCCUGAACUCCUGCUGCUCUCCUCUCUGGUCUACAUCCGUGCCUCGGAGAAGUGAACUAAUCUGAGGUCAACUGGACGCACAAGGGAUAAGCAGCAGGCACACCGUGACAGGACCGGAAACGUCCUCCCUAACCCCUUUGAAGGCAUUACAUUACUCGCGUAGUCGUUCAACAUACCGUUUCACAACUUAUUCCAUAUUUAGAUUUUGAUAUUGCUUCCUUCCUUCCAACAGUGGCUUUGUCUGUUAGCUCUGAGAUUAUUACUGCUGAAUGACACGUGCUCUAUUUUGCCUGAACGCUUGCAGAAAGCUCACUGAGCAAAAUGAAAAUUGCUUCUCCUUUUUGGCCAUGCUUGGAAUCCAAGAAUAUAAUGGACUAUAAUAGUUCUGGGCUGGUAUGCACAAAUGAUAGUUCGACUAAAUAUUACACAUCAAAGCUUCACAUGAGAAAUGUCAUACUGUUUUAACAAGAUAAUGGUUAGAUGAAUUAAUUACAUUUACAUGUAUUUGCUGUAAAGCAGUCUUGUACCCACAAUUGUCAUGAGGGGAGUGUUAGGAGGUCUACACAGGAAAUACAGUGUAUAUUUCCAGUAUAGCUUGCUGAUGUACAGCUUUUAAUGUGAGCCUGUUAGCAUUUCUUUGCAUUACAUUUUUGCAUAUCAGCCCUUGCCUCAAAUUGAACUGGUGCUCUUUCUAUUUACACUGUGGUUUAAGAGGAAAUCAACCAAAUUCAGUAACACUUUGAGUUUGUUCGUCAUGUUAAUUUCUCUCUUUUUUGUUGAGAUGUUAGUUGGUGGAGGUAAACAGUAAACUAAGUGGUACAAAAAGUUCAAAUGAUAUUCAGAGGUUGUACAACAUUUGAGUAGAGCCAGAAAUGUGAUUUCAUUUCUCACACUAAUAUUCUAGCACAAACAUGACCUGUGUACAAGCUUAUUUGCCUUUGGGGGCACCAAGUUGGCACAUUUUCCAUAUUGAUCCAACUAAAGUGAAGCUAUUUAACACUAUAGCUCAGCACAUACAGCACAAGACCUCAAAUUAUCAGUAUCACACAGUGCCUCUGCCAAUGAAGUGUGUAAAACUAAACGAAAUCCUCUUAUUUGGUAAAAGUUGCUGUGUCCAGCCGUUACAGUUCCUAAUUGCCAUUUUUCUAUGCAGUUGCUGUCAAUCUUUUCAAAUGUAAUACAGAUAUUUUUAUACUGCA